CAGGUCUCCGUUCUUGUCCUGUCAGAGGGAGAGCAAGAGCUCCAGGGGAAUAAAGCAACUCCAGGGGCCGAGCCCUGGGCUGGACACAGCCGCGUGGCCAGAGAGAGGCUGAUUGAGCCCGGCUGGUUUCUGACGGCCCCCGAUGGACCCCCAGGACUCCCCAAAGGAAGCGGUCCUCAUUACAGGAGGAGGUGGCUAUUUCGGUUUUCGCCUGGGCUGUGCUCUGCAGCGGACAGGCGUGCCCGUGGUUCUCUUCGACAUCCGCAGCCCCCCGGCCCCGCUCCCGGAGGGCAUGGAGUUCGUCCGGGGGGACAUUCGGCGUCUCCCUGAGCUGGAGGGAGCCCUCCGGGGCCGGGGCGUCGGCUGCGUCUUCCACGUCGCCUCCUACGGCAUGUCGGGCCGGGAGCAGCUGCACCCGACGCUGAUCGAGGCCGUGAACGUGGCGGGCACAGAGAACGUCCUCCGGGCCUGCCGGCGGCGAGGGGUGGCCCGGCUGGUCUACACCAGCACCUUCAACGUCGUCUUCGGCGGCCAGGAGAUCCGGAACGGCGACGAGUCCCUGCCGUACCUCCCGCUCCACCUGCACCCCGACCACUACUCCCGGACCAAGUCGGUGGCCGAGAGGAAGGUGCUGGGCGCCAGCGGGCCCGCCCUGCGCACCUGCGCCCUGCGCGCCGCCGGCAUCUACGGCCCCGGGGAGCAGCGGCACCUCCCCCGGGUGGUGAGCUACGUGGAGCGGGGCCUGUUCAGGUUCGUGUACGGCGCCCCCGGGAGCCUGGUGGAGUUCGUGCACGUGGACAACCUGGUGCGGGCGCACGUCCUGGCGGCCGAGGCCCUGACGGCGCGCAGGGGCCACGCCGCGGCCGGCCAGGCCUACUUCAUCUCCGACGGCCGCCCCGUGAACAGCUUCGAGUUCUUCCGGCCGCUGGUGGAGGGGCUGGGCUACCCGUUCCCGUCCCUGCGCCUGCCCCUGGCCCUGGUCUCGGGCCUGGCCGUCCUCACGGAGUGGCUGCACCGCGCCCUGGGCGCGCUCUGCGACUUCCAGCCCUUCCUCACGCGCGCCGAGGUCUACAAGACCGGCGUCACGCACUACUUCAGCCUGGACAAGGCCCGGAGGGAGCUGGGCUACGAGCCGCAGCCGCGCGACCUCCAGGACGUGGUGGCCUGGUUCCGCGCCCACGGUCACGGCCGGAGUCCGGGGGACCCGGGCGGGGAGCGCGUCCGCCGCGCGCUGCUGGUGCUGCUGCUCCUGCUCCUGGCGGGCCUCGCCUGCCUCCUCCUGUGA